AUGGACGUAUGGAGCGGUCUUCCCGCUUCGUGCGUUCGCGCACCGCAACCCUUGAACAUCGAGACGAACGAGUUCGCCCUAUCAUUUUUUGAUAAAGCUCAACCACCCCAGCCGAAACAAGAGCAACCAUCGGACAGCGCAAGCGCAGGUGGCACCAAAGCCGCCGUCCCAUGCAAAGUGUGCGGGGACAAGGCGUCCGGCUACCAUUACGGGGUGACAUCUUGCGAGGGGUGCAAGGGCUUCUUCCGUAGAAGCAUCCAGAAGCAAAUAGAAUACCGCUGUCUCCGCGAAGGGAAGUGCCUCGUGAUCAGAUUGAACAGGAACCGGUGCCAAUACUGUCGAUUUAAAAAGUGCCUCGCGGUUGGCAUGAGCAGAGAUUCCGUUAGGUACGGGAGAGUGCCUAAACACACACGUUCACGCGAAGUCACCACCACGGAGAACAUGCCGGAUCUGUCUAAAAACCCAAGCACCGAACCUACGCCUCCGCAGGAAGUUGAAGAGCCAAACCCUGAAAUUCCGCAGAUUGAUAUGACCAGAGAGCUAUCAAAGGUUGUCAUCGCCGCUCAUAGAAACAAUAACACUUACACAGAUGAAGUGCAGCGGGCGCUACAGAUGAAAAUCAUCCCGGUGAAAUCGGAGCGAGUUGAUGGUGAGGGUAACAGUACCGAGGCAAUCUGUGUGCCUAGCUCGACAACAGGCGCAGCGGAUGCCCUUUCCACGCUAUGGUACAAUGUUGCAUUCCGGAUGACCCCGUCGGUACAGCAAGUUGUAGAAUUCGCGAAGAGGAUUCCCGGAUUUAACGUGCUGCCCCAAGACGACCAGCUGAUUCUCAUUAAGCUCGGAUUCUUCGAAGUGUGGCUGUCGCGCGCCGCUAAACUGUCAACCGAAGAUAGCAUCAUCUUCGACGACGGCACUGUCAUCAAUGUCGGCCAACUCGAAGUUAUUUAUGAUGCUCCAUUUGCGAAUGCGAUGCUAGCGUACGUGAACCACAUCAAUAAACUUUUGCUGACGGAUGAUGAGUUAGCCAUGUACACGGCUUGUCUCCUCAUUUAUCCACAACGGAACGGGCUGUGCGACCGCGAUACGAUCACAUUACUGUACCGCAAUCUUGUCGACGCACUUCAGUUGGUUUUGACGGAAGCCGGAGUAUCGGACGUUCAAGCUCGUGUCGAUGCGUUUGCGGUCGCUGCUCAAGAAGUCCGUAUACUUGGCAACCGUCACAACGAGCUACUGUCCUGGUGUCGCGUCCACUGGCCGCGUCUAGUCCUACCGGCGCUCUUCUCUGAGAUCUUUGACAUCCCCAAGGCUGAAGAUGACUCGGCUUCAUCGGAGCGCGCCUCUGCGCCUAUACCUCAAAUGCAAGAAUAG